CUUCAAUCCGCCGGGACCGUGCUGGCAGCAAUCAAGCAUCCACCAUGACAGAAGCCUUCACGUGGGCGAUAUAACGAGCCACAGGCAACACCUGCCCGUUUGGACCAACGCACUGUUGCGGUUCUGAAGUCUUUUGGAAGACUUAUCAGCCAACGAUGAGACCUCUGUCGUGCUCUGCCGCAGAAAUCGACCUCCCACCGUCGUGCGGUGUUCAUGGACGGGCAUCAACAGCAUGGCCCGCUUCGUCCAGCAGCAUCGGAAUGGCGGCCGCUGUCGAGCAUGUCGGGGAGCAGCCAUCACACGCCCACCUCCAGCACAAUUCUCUCCGGCCAUCACCCUCAUGUCAACGGAACUGGCCUCAAACCCAUGGACCUCCAGAACCACCGCGAUAUAGCUCCCGACGAGGCCACGCUGUGUGCGCGUCUCACGCAGGCCAUCAUCAACCACAAUGCCCCUGCCCACGAUGAUGCCCACGCAUCUCCAGUCAUCUCUGGCAAGGCGCCUCUUUCCCAGCUUCUCCAGGAAACAUCAACUUCCAUUCAGUUCCACGCCAAGUGGUUCGCACCUGCUGCACUCGGCACUUUGCUGGAGUCCGCCCUCAACGCCGCAAGCUUGUCUUCAUCGACUUCCGACUUUUAUGCAGCAUUGACCCUCAUCGACACUACUGUCACAUACUCACUUAUCCCGGAGUUGCGUCCAGCAGUGCAGUUCAUAUCCUAUGCAUACUACCAAGGCGGCCGUAUGAAUCGACACAGAAGACUCAUGCAUCAGGCAUGGACGGUCUCGCAGCAUAUGCUUGCAUCCCACCACGGAGGUCAAUUCAAGGAAACGCUGUUGGACAUCAUCACGAGCCAUGAAAACUUCCACGACAAGUACAAGUUCUCCGCGGCAAUUGGAGCGCUUCUCAUUACCAUUGAUAAGCUACUUCCCUCGCGCGAAGAGAAUGUGCCAUCUAUGAAUGCGAUACAGCUUGUUCGUGGACUGUGGAACUGUCCUGUUCGGAAGAAUGCCAUCUUACGCGAACACGUCGCUCUCAUGCUUGGUACCAUGUUGCAGGCUGACCAGGUCUUCCAGGAGCUGGUCAACGAUGGCGGCCUUGGACUCAGCUUGGACCUGAUAGAAGAUUGUGUGACGCAGCAACUGGACAAGACUGCGGUUGAGACGCUGUUCCUGGGCCUGGAGCGCCGACUCUCCUCCUUCGAGCUACGGCAUCAACCAGAUAUGGCGCAGAUCUUUGUCGAAGUACGGAGGCCGCUUCCGCCCUCACUUGCAGGUCAACUACUUGCCCCGUGGCAUCGCGCACUCAUGCUCGAUGAAUACGACAUGUGGGAGAAAGGAUAUCGUGGUCUACUCGUCCAGCUGAGUGACUCGUUGUUGUAUCCUGACGAACUUGACGCCUUCAUCAAUCUGAGCGUGUCUGCAUACUUCCAGACCGAGAAUCUGGGAGCAAGAAGAGAUUUUGUGGACGCACUUCAGGAGAUGAUUCAAAGCACCACCACUACGGCAACAACCAAGGACAUUCUCGCCAAGGGCAUUGUCAGAAUCUUUUGUCACAAGACACAGAAGGAGAAGUGGGAAGGUCAACGAAACUGGCUGUUUCCACUCCUGUGCCAGGCAGCGAGACACAGCGUCGAAGCAACAAAGCUCGUGCUCAGCAUUCGAGCAGAUGCCGCUGGUGAAGGAUAUCUGGACGCAACUCGUGUCCAACAGCCAGAAAUACCCACUGGACGCUCUGCUCGUUUCAAUCAGCUUUAUGGCCUGUCCAGUCUGUCACUCGAAGCACUGGUCGAUGCAAUUUACGACUUACUGGUUCGUCCGCCUGAACGCUGGGAUGUCUACAACGCCGUACUGGUCUCACUUCCAGCUCUCAUUCGCAAUCACGUGUUGUGGAAAGGCAGCUUCCGUCAAAUGAAUCUGCUACGACAAGCGCUCUGUGAUCUGCUCAAGGCGGACUCGUUCGUUGAGCCACCGCUUCCCGACCUCAGCAAGUCGUACGUCAUAAUUCAGCUCAUCCAAAUCCUCACUGCCAUCAUCAGCUACCAUUACUGCCUUCCCAGGAGUGACGUGAAGCUGGCCAUCGUUACUAUCAUCAAUGUUGCGGGCUCGCGAGACUACGCUCCAAGCAUUCAUUGCAUUCACGCACUGACAAUUUGCUGCUACGAACUGCCCGAGCUUAUGGCUAGCUACAUGGACGUCGUCAUCAACAAGAUGGCAAAGAUGGUCACGCAGAGGUCACUCGCAAUUUAUGUCCUCGAGUUCUUUGCAGGCCUGUCACGUUUUGCCGAUUUGCAGGACCGGCUCCGUCGCGAGGACUUCAAGCGAAUCUUCGGAGUGUGUCACAGCUAUCUGCAGUCGGUCAGAAGCACAUCCUCACUAGAGCGCAAGCGAACACCAACUAGCGAACAGAGUGCUGGCAUGAGUAGUACUUCCAGCGAAGAUAUGGCGCAGUAUGUGUAUGCUCUAGCGCAUCAUGUCAUCACAUUUUGGUACAUGGCUUUGCGACGCGAAGACCGGCACGGGUUGAAGGAGUACAUCAGCGGUUGCCUGCGGUACACCGACCUUGAUGGGACUGAACACAUUGAAGAGCAGGGUUUGGUGACGAUUGAUUUGAUGGAUCGUAUUGAUGCCGAGGAACAGACGGUACCGACGCCAAUGGAGACAUUCGAUGAUAUCGAUGGGCGCAUCGUCAAAUUGCAUCGUGUUACUGGCAUACUGCUGAUUACGACUGAGACCGCUCUGAGGACUGGGAAGACUGUUGUCACUAUCAGACGACCAUCAGGAACAGCGCGACGCGUGCUGGCCAAUAGGACCGAGAAGGAGCGAUGCCAGCCGGGCGAGCUCGAAACUCUCACGGCGUCAGUGACGCUCGAAACGAAUCACCAAGACUUCCUGAAUGUUUUCCCGGACGACACCGAUGGACGCAUAUAUGGCAAAGUUGCCAUACCACGACCAUAUUCGGCGCUGGGCUCGGACAAGAUCAUCACUUUACCCAACGAAGACGAUGACCCAGCGGUGCUUCGUGCAAUACAGACGUUCGACAGAGUCUCUGCACUCGAUUCUCACAAAGCGGGAGUCAUCUUCGUAGGAGAAGAUCAGACCGACGAGAAUCAGAUACUGCUCAACACUUCGGGCACGCCUGACUACCGCGAAUUUCUGGACGAUCUUGGAUCACUGCGCAAGCUGAAAGGAGCCACCUUCAACUCGCAAGGCCUGGACAGAGCAGAAGACAUGGAUGGCGCUUACACCAUGGUGUGGAACAACGAGGUUACGGAGCUCGUCUACCACAUCACGACUUUCAUGCCGAAUAACGAGGAUCCGAAACUUGCUGUCAUCAACAAGAAACGACACAUUGGAAACGAUUUUGUGAACAUCGUGUUCAACAAUUCUGGAUCCGACUUCAACUUCAACACGUUUCCGUCUGCAUUCAAUUACGUCUACAUUGUCAUCUCGCCCUCGGAGCGCACGUCUUUCCUUCAAGCUCGAGAGAUCACUUGCAACAAGCCGAAGCAGGAGCGAUUCUACAAUGUCAAGGUCCUCAGUCGUCCUGGCUUUCCCAGCUUGUCUUCUGCAGUGGACGUGAAGGUCAUUAGCGGGGCCAGUCUUGGUGGCUAUGUGCGGAACCUGGCGCUGAACGCUUGUGUCUUCUCGCUCAUGUGGCAGGCAGGCGAUAUGGGAGAGUAUCCGAGCAGUUGGAGACAGAGAUUGCAUAUGAUCAAGAGACUGUAUGGGCAGUAUAAGGGAAGAUUGGCAAUUGAACAAUAAGGGAGAAGAGCAGGCUAAAUGGAGCAGAGAUCGAAAGCUUCGGUCUGCACUUCACUUUUUGGCGCUGGGUUGAACAAGAGGAUUGCAACUGGCAUUGGGAACUGUACUGCAUUGCACUUGGGAUGAACGGCGCAAAUGGAAAACCAAAAAAGGGUGGGACAACAAAAGUUUUUGCUUUGAAGGAAGGGAGUUGCGGUGCCGUGAGGUGUGUGGACUUUGAAGAUACCCCCAUCACAUCAUGGCCCUGGAUGAACUUGUAAAUAAACAUCGGUUCGAGCGGUUCCAGCGCGAGGAAAUGUGCUGUAGGCCAUAGCGAACCACCA